GACUCCGAAACAUGAAUCAGUUGUGUAAUUUUUGUUUGAAACCAGCUUACCUUUGAUUAUUAUUUAGUAUUCUGCGGACAUAAGGAACCAUGCUAUACAGAACGGCUCUUCUCUUUAUCAUCUUCUCAUCUUUGGAUCAUGCGGAAAGUGCUAGAAUUUUAGUCUCCAUUUUUUCGCCGUCAUUCAGCCAUAAUGUAGUAUUCAGACCGAUUUGGAAGGAACUGGCGAAAAGAGGGCACGACAUAACUCUUCUCACAACUGAUCCUAUGCGAGAUCCGAAGCUUAAAAACAUCAGAGAAAUUGAUCUGAGCGGUUCCUACGAAAUUAUGGAAAAAUAUAAAGCUUCCGAACUAUUAACGAAAGGGAAAAAUGAGGGAAAAAAUACUGUGAAACUCAUAGUUGACUAUCUUAAUGCGCUGGACCACACUGCUGACUGGCAACUUGAACAACCCGAAGUGAAGCAGUUGAUACAAAAUACUAGUGAAUAUUUCGAUCUUGUUAUAGUAGAGGUAAUGAAUCCCAUCCAAAUGGCGUUUGCUGAAAGAUUCAAAGUUCCAUUCAUUGGAAUAACGCCUGUAGAUGCGCCUUAUAGAAUACAUGCAGCAUUAGGAAAUUACAUGCAUCCCAGCGUAUAUCCAGACUAUUUCCUUCCAUUGAUACCUCCACUGAGUUUGCUACAGAGGAUUGUAUCCUGUGGUGUGAAUUGGGCUAAUUGGUUCCUGCAAUAUUAUACGAGGUAUCCAGCUGAGGAUCUGAUUGUGAGAAAGCAUUUUGGGGAAGGCUUAAGGGACUUGAGUGAAAUCGAAAAAGACAUGAGCUUGUUAUUCAUCUACGUAAAUCCUGUUUUCUAUCAGAUGAGGCCCGUAGGAACCAAUACCAUUGUUAUAGGGGGAGGAAUGCAUGUUAACAAGCCCAAACCACUUCCGAAGGAACUUCGAGAAUUUAUAGAGAGCAAUGAAAAUGGAGCCAUUUACUUCAGCUUAGGGACCAAUGUCAAGAGUUCUUUGAUGACCGACAAUAUGAAGAGUGUUAUUAUAUCGUCAUUAGGCAAUCUUCCCUAUAAUGUACUUUGGAAAUUUGAAGACGACAGUAUUCAAAGCCUUCCGAAAAACGUUAAAAUUGUGAAAUGGGCUCCUCAACAGGAUGUAUUGGGACAUCCCAAUAUAAAACUAUUCAUAACACAAUGCGGGCUCAUGUCUAUAGACGAAGCAAUAUACAAUCAUGUUCCAAUGGUGGGAAUGCCUUUCAUGGGAGAUCAAGGGUAUAAUGCAGUCAUUCUGGAGAAGAAACGACUUGGAAAGAGGGUAGACAGAAUGAAUUUGACCGAAGAGGACUUUACAAAAUCAAUCAUAGAAGUUAUCAAAAAUCCGAUAUACAAGAAAAACGUAGUAGAGAUGGACAUGUUAACUAAAGACGUGCAAACAACGGGGUUAGAGAAAGCUGUAUGGUGGACAGAAUAUUGUAUUCGAACAAAUGGAGCUAAACAUCUGAGAAGCCCAGUGAUAGAUACACCUACAUAUCAGUUUUAUUAUUUGGACGUUAUUGGUAUUUGCCUGACAGUUUUAGCAUCAGCGAUAGCCAUUGGUCUGAUUGCAAUUAGAUUUCUUCUUGGACUUUUAUGUCGGAGAGAUUCAAAAAAGAAAACUGAGUGAAUCAUUUCAUCCUCAAUUGAAAUAUCAUUAUUGUUACGUCUCUGGAUGACACACUGGUUAAUAGAUGCGUUUAUACAAUAACAUUGAAAUACUCAUUAAAGGCGGUAUUCUAAUAACUUUGUA